CAACAGCAGGUCAGCUGAUUCAAACGGCACGCGGAAACUGUAAAGUCAUUUGAAAAGCGGCAGUAGAUCUCCAGAGACUGUCUUCACACACCUCACCUUUUAAUGUUGACAACAGCGCAGGACUCUGGAUAUCAACGCAGGUAGUUUUGUUUGACCACACCAGUCGGCGGGGCUGUCAUCCUAUGGAGGAAGUUAUGGCACAGAACGAGUCUUCAGUCGCGCUGAAUGGGACUCAAAUAUCUUACAUUGGACAUGACUGUAACGACAUUCCAGACUUCCUUGGGGACCAAUACGGCCACUUUGCAAGAAGGCUGGAUCUAAGCUUCAAUCAGCUCAGGUCGCUGGCAGGCCUCAAAAUGUUCACUGAGCUGGAAGAGCUGGUCGUCGACAACAAUCUUCUCGGAAAUGACCUCCGGUUUCCUAGGUUACCCAACCUCCACACCCUCACACUCAAUAAGAACCAACUGACUGAUAUCGAGGCCCUGCUGGAACACUUGGCUGAUGUGACCCCGUCACUGGAGUACCUAAGCCUGCUGGGAAACGAGGCCUGCCCCAACCAGCUGGUCAGCCUGGAUAAGGACGAGGACGACUACCAGAGAUACAGGUACUUUGUUCUGCACAAGAUGCCCCAGCUGAAGUUUCUGGACACGAGGAAAGUAACCAGAAAAGAAGUGAUGGAGGCGCAGGCAAGAGGAGCCUUCAUGAAAGUGGUCAAACCCAAGUCAGAAGUUCCGCCUAUUGAGGCUGGAUCAGAGGGUCAGGAGAUGCCCUACACUCCUCUACCCCGAGGAUCCAGAGAUGCAAGAAACCACAAAGGGGUAUUCGCCAAGUGUCGCUACGUCUACUACGGCAAGCACUCAGAAGGCAACAGAUUCAUCCGGAACGACCAGCUCUGAUGGACAGCCGCUCAGGCAGAAAGAGGGACAUGAUAUACAAUGGAUGUUAACAGAAGGAAAAAGAUCGAAUCUAUCUUUUAUUUAUUGUAACCACUGCUGAUAUUUGAGUUGUCCGAUUCCCGCUGGAAAAGAGUAUACAUGUAGUUAUGCAAGGGUAAUGUUUUUUUUUUUUUUGGCGGGGGGGGGGGGGUUGAAGUUUUUAGAGUUUUAUUCUGGACUCAUAGUUAGGACCUCCUCUGCUGAGCUCGGUCUGCUUCUGCCUCUUUGCUUUAAGCUCAGAGUCAGAGUCAGAGAUGACACUGUCACUGACAUGACUGCCUGGAAGCAACAGCAGCCGCACAAUUCCAGACACACACAAACACAGGCAGCCUUUCUCUUUCUGUCUUUCUCUCUCUUUCUCUCUCUCUCUCACACUAACAC